AACAUCAAAUUCUUUUUAAUAUGCAAUGGUAGGCCCAAAUACAAUAAAAAGAAAAAAAAAAAAAAGUAUACUCAUAGAUAACAAGAUUAAAUUAGUAGUGGGGUAAGUGCAGCUUAACUGCUCUUGAGCUUUGGGAACUUAAGUACAAAAAAAAAUAAAAAUAAAAAAAAAUAAAAAAUGAAGUGUCUCUCAAGAUUCUCAGUGAUUGUCUCCAUCUCUCUUUUAAUGGUUUGAUGAUGGGUUGAGAGUAGAAGAAAGGUGGAGUUUUGUGCUCUGGGUCUGUGGGUUCAGGACACACAAACAAAAGGUAGUGCUUCUGGGAUGAAAAGGAGUUGUUUUUUCUGUGGGUUUGUGUAAUAAAUGCUUUGGGUUUUUAGCUUCAAUGGGAAAAAAAGAAAGAGCAUGUUAUAUGAUUGACCCUGAUGUUAUAUGAUUUAAGGGGUUUUAGCAUCAUCAUCCAGCUUCCACCAAAAGCACUUUUCCCCCCACUUCUUGGAUUUUGUUGUGGCAGCUGCUCCUGCUGCUGCUUCUGAGAUUCUCACCCAGAAAACCAAAACAAAAAGCUGCUUGUUUUGUGGAAAAAACAAGAUCUCAAAUUUAUCACUGAAGUGGUAGAUUGUGGUCUAGAUUUGUCAGCAAAAGGAGUUUCAAGCUAGUAGAGAAGGGGUGGAGAUGGAAAGACAGUCUAGCCUCCGUCUCGGAGCCCUGGAAAGACUGCACAGCUUCAUGGAGAAGCAGAAGAGCUUCCGGCUGGGCUCGAUGGAGAAGCAACAGAGCUUCAAAGAAAGGAAGAGUAAAGACAGCCCUGGCAAGAAAGGGGACACCUCACUGCAUUUGGCUGCCCGGGCCGGAAAUUUGCCUCAUGUCCAGAAGAUUUUGUCCGAGUGCGAUGAGACCCAAUUGAGAGAUUUGGUUUCCAAGCAGAACCAGGAUGGUGAGACAGCUUUGUAUGUUUCGGCCGAGAAGGGGUACGUCGACGUCGUUCGCGAGAUACUGAGGCUCUCGGAUGUUCAGUCGGCUGCUGUUAAGGCUAAUAACAGCUUCGAUGCGUUCCAUAUUGCGGCUAAGCAGGGCCAUCUUGAGGUUGUAAAGGAGCUCUUGCAUUAUUUUCCCGCACUAGCUAUGACUACGAAUUCACUAAACUCUACUGCUUUCGACACUGCUGCUACGCAAGGCCACACAGAUAUUGUCAAUCUCUUGCUAGAAACUGACGCGAGCCUUGCGAGGAUUGCGAGAAAUAAUGGAAAAACUGCUCUUCACUCGGCCGCGAGAAUGGGCCAUGUAGAGGUGGUUAGAUCCAUAUUAAAUAAAGAUCCUGGAAUCGGUUUAAGGACGGAUAAAAAAGGGCAAACGGCGUUGCAUAUGGCCGUGAAAGGCCAAAAUGUCGAUGUCGUGCUCGAACUGGUGAAACCCGAUGUUUCGGUCAUUCAUUUGGAAGACAAUAAGGGGAACAAGCCGUUGCAUAUUGCUACACGGAAGGGCAAUCUCAAGAUGUUACGGGCAUUACUAUCAGUUGAGGGCAUCGACGUCAAUGCAGUUAAUAAAGCCGGCGAUACCGCUCUUGCCAUCGCCGAGAAAUGCUGCAACGAAGAGAUUGCUGCUGUUCUAAGUGAGGUUGGUGCGGUGACUGUGAAAGGAGCUGUAAACACCCCAAAGAGUCCCGUGAAGCAAUUAAAGCAGACGGUGAGUGACAUAAAGCACGACGUUCAAUCCCAGCUCCGGCAGAACCGCCAGACGGAGAUGAAGGUCAAGAAGAUAAAGAGGCGGUUGCACAAGCUCCACAUCGGUGGUUUAAACAACGCGAUCAACUCCAACACCGUCGUUGCUGUGCUCAUCGCCACCGUCGCCUUUGCCGCCAUCUUUGUCGUACCCGGCCAGUUCGCACAGAAACCCUCUGUCGGCAGCCCGCCUCUUCCCCCUGACGUCAUCCCCGGGCAAGCUUACAUUGCAGGCAACGCUUUCUUCAUCAUCUUCUUGAUUUUCGACUCCCUGGCCCUCUUCAUCUCCCUCGCCGUCGUCAUCGUCCAAACAUCGUUAAUCGUGGUCGAGCAGAAGGCGAAGAAGAGGAUGGUCUUUGUGAUCAACAAGCUCAUGUGGCUCGCAUGCCUUUUCAUAUCGGCCGCCUUCAUCUCUUUAACUUACGUCGUCGUGGACGACCGGUGGCUCGCCUGGUCCACGAUGGCGAUCGGGACUCUGAUCAUGCUCGCGACGAUCGGGGCGAUGUGCUAUUGCAUUGUCGCUCAUAGGAUGGAGGAGAAGAACAUGAGGAGGAUACGGAGGGCGUCAGCGAGCCAGUCACGCUCGUGGUCUUUGUCGGUAGGAUCGGACUCGGAGCUUCUGAACAAUGAGUAUAAGAAGAUGUAUGCACUUUAAGGUUGGCAUCAAACUUUUCAGAGAUCUGUAUAUAUUGUCUGAACUUUUAAGUUUGGUACCCUGACACAAAAUUAGCAUAGUAGUGUGAAGAUGUCCUUACACAUGCAUAUAUUUGAAGGUUCCUGCUUAUACUUUAUCGGAGUCGGCGGAGUAUUUAGCUGAGGAUUUUGUAGGUGUUAUGAAAGGAUCAUUAUUUAGUAUUUAAGCAGUCAAUAGAGCUUGCUUUCUAUGCUUCGCAAAAACCAUAUGGUUAAAGAUUAGAAUAAAUGCAUCAUUUUCUAC